UCUUUCAUGUUUCUGAGUUGUAUUCUCCUGGAUCUGCUGCCCACUCAUUCCUGUCCUCUCUUUUCUCUCUCUCUCCUGUUAGUGUUAGAGCGAUGUUACCCGAAAGAGGUGCAGGAGCUGUAUGAGGUCAUGAGGCGGUUUGCCAGAGUGGUCGGACCGACUGAACAUGACAAAUUCAUCGAAAGUCACGCACUUGAGUUCGAGCUGAGGAGAGAGAUCCGCAGGCUGCAGGAAUACAGGAAGGCAGGAAUCAAGUCCUUCUGCAGUGCCAAGGUGUACGAGCGAGUGAAGAGGAUGCGCGAGGACGAGAGGAGGAAGAGGACCAUGCUGAAUGACGUUCUGCAGUACAUCCAGGAUGGCAGAGCGUGUCAGCAAUGGCUCAGCAAGCAGGCAGCCAUAGAUGCUGGCGUCACUCCAGCUGUCACAACAAUCACGGUGUCAGCAACAGGCAGGCGGAGCGCGCCUCCUCUCAACCUGACCGGACUUCCAGGGACAGAGAAGCUCGACGAGCGUGAGAAGGAGGUACGGCCAUGACAGCCUCACACACUGCAGA